AUGCGCAGGCCGCAACGCAACCGCCGGUGCUUUGCCAGCGUCUCGCCCGUGACACCAUCAUCAAGAAGCCACAAGGUCGUCGUCGUCGGCGCGGGGACCGCCGGCAUAGCCGUGAGCCAUCAGCUGCUUCGAUCCGGCAAGUUUAGCCCUCGAGACAUUGCCAUUAUCGACCCGGCUGUGUGGCACGAUUACCAGCCCGGCUGGACGCUCGUCGGAGGCGGGCUGAAGGACAAGCAAGAGCUGCGCCGGAAACUCGAGGAUCUGAUUGACCCCCAACUCAAGUUCUACAACUCGCGCGUCGCAUCAAUUGCCCCUGCUGGCAACUCGGUGACGCUUGGCAAUGGCGACAAGCUGAGCUAUGAGCAGCUGGUGGUUGCGCCUGGUCUCAGCAUCAACUACGGAAACAUUGAGGGACUCCGCGAUGCUCUCCACGACCCAGAAUCUCACGUAUCAACCGUUUACAACUACGACACAUGCGACAAGGUUUUCCGGUCCGUGGAGCGACUUGCCAAGGGAAACGCCAUCUUCACCCAACCCGCCGGGGUAAUCAAGUGUGCCGGUGCGCCGCAGAAAGUCAUGUGGCUGGCCUUGGAUUAUUGGAAGCGUGCCGGCCUCUAUUCCUACUUGCAAAGCACACGAUCCAGUUCCCCCAUCAGCAUCACCUUUGCCACUGGCCUGCCCACAAUGUUUGCCGUGCCCAAGUACGCUGCCAAGUUGGAGGAAUUACGAAAGGAGAGAGGAGUGGAGGGCCUGUUCCAACAUGAUUUAGUCGCCAUCAAGGGCAAUGUGGCAACGUUUGCGCGUCCCAACGGACAAGCAGCCGUCACCAGGGAGUUUGACUUUCUCCACGUGGUCCCAAAGAUGGCUGCUCCCGCAUUCAUCAAAGACAGCGGCAUCGGAAAUGACGCUGGCUAUGUCGACGUCGACGACUACAGCUUGCGCCACAAGAAAUAUCCCAACGUUUGGUCCGCUGGUGAUGCUUCGAGUUUGCCAACUUCCAAGACUGCUGCAGCUAUCACGUCGGAGGCUCCUGUGCUGGUCCGAAACCUACUACAAGCUUUGCAAGGUCAAGAACCAGACGCCGCCUAUGAUGGCUACACGUCCUGCCCCCUCUUGACAGAGUACGGCAAGGUGCUUCUUGUAGAGUUCAAGUACGGCGGGGAACCGAAGGAGACAUUUGACAACUGGUUAGGGAUUGAUCAGGUCGAGCCUCGACGAAUCUUUUAUUACCUGAAGAAGGACUUUUUCCCCUGGGUUUAUUACACCUCCAUGGUACGGGGAACAUGGGGCGGCCCAAGGGGAUGGAUCAAUUAG